AUGAGUGGUACAGCAGAGCAAAGUGCAACAGCUGUUGGGCGAACCAAAGACGGCAUCCCCACCUGGGGAGGGGAGGCCAAUGCUUUCGUUCAGUAUGAGGAGGCAGCGCUUCUUUGGGAGCAGUCCUUGACUUGGGAGAAGCGCUACACAGCAGGGCCAAAGUUGGUGCAAGAGUUGACAGGGGCAGCCAAGAGAUUGGUUGCAGGCCAGCCUGCGGGCUGGGUCUCCUUUCGGGGUGGAGUCACCACCUUGAUGGACCACCUCAGAGCGGCCUUGGGAAAACCAAGGAUCAAUGAGGUCACGGACUUGUUGGCGACCUACUUCAAGGGAACCAAGCGCCGGCCGCAGGAGAGCAUGAAUGACUACAUCACGAGAAAGACCGAAGCUUACAUGCGAGCCAGCCAAAGCUUGAAGCGCGUCCAACCCCACUACGAGAAGAUGAGCGUGACCUCCUCAGGAGACCGACGGCCUCACCAGCCCCGCGGCAGUGGAGACUUCACAGCCUGGUCUUGGUCCCGGCAGUGGACCCCGGCCACCGACGACCACGAGAACACCGCCGAUGGUGAUGGAGACGGCAACACCGAUGCCUCCACGCAGCCACCAGAGCAAGGAGACCAUUCUUGGUGGGAUGGCCAGCCUCGCCACGCCGGACAAAGGAUGGAGCUGCUUCCGCAGUUCAUCCAAGGAUGGUACCUCCUCGCCGAUGCCAACCUAGAUUCGGGAGAACGGAACUUGGUUAUGACGGCGUUGGGAGGGAACUUCGAUCCCCUAAGAGUGGCCCAGGAGCUGCGGAACCAGUUCUCAGAGGGAGACAUACGUCGGCGCGACACCACGCGCCGACACCAGAGCUACCUCGGCGAGUUCAUGGACGACGAGGAUGGCGACACCGAGGCCUAUGGCGAGGCCGCGAACAUGGACUUCCAGGCGGAGGGCAUGUCCGAGGAGGGCGUCGCGAUGAUGGCCGACGCCAACGAGCUCGCCCAGGAGGCCAUGGCGACCAUGAUCAAUGCACGGAGGACCCUGCGAGAUGCAAGACAGAAGCAACAUAUGGUUAAGCAGAACAGGAAGUACUACCAGGGUGCCAACCGAGGUGCCUCAGCUUCCUCUUCGACUACCAAGCCUCGGGAUGACAGCCAGAUUGAGUGCCUGCGGUGUGGAGUGAAAGGCCACCGAGUGGCCCAAUGCCCCCACAAGCCACUGAGCGAGACCCGAGGCCAGUCCCACAUGGCGGAGACCGGCGACAAUGAACCUCAGCAAGCCCCGUUUGUGUGCUAUGCCGAGGCCUUUGCAGGAUAUGCCUCCACGGCGGAGCCCAUGUCGGCCUUGAGCGCGGAGGACUCCACCAGGGUCGACAACCGCGACCCACCCGUGUUCACCUUCGGAAACUCCUCGGAGAACAGAUGCCUCAGCACAGCCCGCCUCCAAGUGACAGCAGGCGGAGUCCCCGGCGAGAUGCAGAUCCACACACUGGAAGGCGGGGAGAGCCCCAUCUUGAUGAGCAUCGAAACCUUGAGGAAGGUUGGAGCAAUCAUCGACUUCCAGCACGACCUGGCCGUGUUCCGCCACAUCAACCCCUCUCGAGUGCUGAGGCUGGUCCGAGGAAAAUCCGGCCACCAGCUACUUCCCUUGUCUGAGGAUUGUCUGAGUGCCGCACGCCAGACUGUGAGUGCCACACAGCCGCGAGUGUUGGACUACAGCCGCAGCAAGAUGCUCAUUCCCGUGUCCAUUGCAGCAAUCCAGGCUCAGAUUGUAGUGUGCAACACAACCGUGGUCCAACCAGUCGGCAUGGACAAGAUGACGCAAGCGCAGAUGGUGUUGUCUCUCCGGUCCUACGGGGAGGAACCGCCAAAGGGCUGGAGCAAGGUCCAGCUGUUGUCCCGCCUCACCGAGCUGGAGGCGAGUGGGGAGAUCACGGCCCCUCUUCCGGCAAGCAAGAAGGCGACCCCUCUCGAGCUCGCCAUCAAGGACUUGAACAAGGCGGGGAUCCGCAAGGCGACCCUCCAGAAGUAUGUCACCGACGAGUGCGGCAUCGAGAUCACCGGGAACGAGACUAUGACGAUCCUCCAGCAGAAGGCAAUGACCCACUUGCUCAUGGCGACGGACCCCGUGGGCGAGGACAAGAUGGGCUUCGGGAAGUACGCGGCCCAGACCUAUGCCACCGUCAAACAGAACGAUCCACAAUACUGUUCAUGGGCGACGGUGACUUCCAAGGAGGGCGAGUGCUCCCAGUACUUGCGCCGGUUCGUGAAGUGGUUGGAGAUGCCCGAAGCCAAGGAGCGAGCGCACAAGGUGGACUUGAACAAGAUCGUGCCAAUCUCCAAGGCGAAGAUGUUCAACAAGAAGCCCGGCACGGAGGAUCCCACGACCGGCAAAGGCUACCCCGCGACAACACCAACGACCUCGACCUCCCCGACGAUCACAGCGAAGGCGACCUCGUCGAGUGCACCAGAUCCCAUGGUGCAACAGUUGGUCCAAGCAGUGACGGCCCUGGCCAAGGAGGUUCAGGACUUGAAGGACGACAAAGCCGAGAAGCCGCGCAAGAUCAUGGCGAAGGCCGAUGCGACCAUGGAGGAGGACGCGCACCAGGACGGGAGAUCAGUAUGA